UUCCACGGAUUCAAACUCCCUUUUUAUUGUCAUUUAUUAACAGAUAUAAGCUGAACAAAGUUAAUUCAUUGGGAUUAUUUGACUUAAUGAAACAAAGCAGGGCUAUGCCUGCUGAUUUAAAGAUUGUUAAAAAUGAAUAAUGAACAGAAAUGGUAUUAUUUUCAUUUAACUUUCGAUUUCCGCAUACGCAUUGAAGGAGUACUCAGGUUCUUUCCACUGAUUCAAACGCCCUUUAGUUGCUACAUAUUACAGAUUUAAGCUGAACAAAGAUAGCUCCGAUAAAUCCUGAUAAGUCAGGCCUGUUGAGUCUUGUUUUAAUCACAAACGUUUAGACACGUGACCCACAGAUGGCUACUUACAAAGACAUUCUGAAUGAGAAGGAGAACCAAAACUGGCUGAAAGGUUCCCUUGCCCUUAGGAUCACCAAGGCCGGUCUACGGAACCUCGUAGAAGGGGAUUCCUAUCGCGUUCAGCAAAAGAUCCAUUCCUCAAUCAUUCAGGCCGGGAACCUUGCACCUGGGACAUCAUGCAGUCUCUGCUUUACGGAGAACCUUAUACUGUGUCCUACAAAAGGAUUAUGUUCAAAUCCACGAAAUUGCAAGUAUCACAACUCUGCUCUUAAGAUGUUCCAGCCUUGUCCGUCUCAGAUAUGCGAUGAUUUUCGGGACGAGAUUUGCGCUGUUCACAGAUACGGUGGACCGUCUUGGAAGAACACAAAGGCCGACCAGUGGUGUACGAACCAUUGGCAAGUAGCGAAAUGUUUCAUGCCGCCCGACGGCUACCAAGAUGUGUCCUCAUUUGACGAAACAGAUUUCAAUGGAAUCAUAAGCGUAAUGAUCAACUGCACAGAAAUCCAACGAAGCCUGUCGUUCAAUAUUGCCAACCAGCCAAAUCAACCCAACAUUUUGACGAAGGCUCGGCAGAUUGGCCGCAGUAUUCGUCAUUCUCCAGAUCUGAAGGUGACAGAUACUGACUUAGCUGACUACUUUGCCACUCUAAACACGCUUCUGACAGACGCGACAUACCUUGCUGGUGAAAGCAAUGCCCAACAAGCCGUUAUCAAACUUAAACAGCUUGAAAAAGAUGCUCUUCCAAUAUCGUCGGACGAUGUUCGUGAACUACUUGAAGAAGCCAGAGGUACAAUAGAAGCUGGAAAACAUGGGCUACUACAGUCCGUUGAAACGAGAAAGCAAGAAAUACAAGAUGAGGUGGCGAAGGGGAAAACAGCCGUUGCAACUGGAAAACGUGAAAUUGAAGAGACUGUAUUUGAGGGUAAAUCAGAUAUUGCAACUGGAAAACGUGAAAUAGAAGAGACGGUGUCGGAGGGUAAAACAGCCUUUGCGACUGGAAAACGUGAAAUUGAAGAGACUGUAUUGGAGGGUAAAUCAGUUAUUGCAAUUGGAAAACGCGAAAUAGAAGAGACGGUGGCGAAGGGAACAAUAUUCAUUGCAAGUGGAAAGCGCGAGAUAGAAGUGAAGGUGUCGGAGAGUAAAUCAGCCUUUGCGACUGGAAAACGCGAAAUAGAAGAGACGGUGUCGGAGUGUAAAUCAGCCGUUACAACUGGAAAACGUGAAAUAGAAGAGACGGUGGCGAAGGGAACAAUAUUCAUUGCAAGUGGAAAGCGCGAGAUAGAAGGGACGGUGUCGGAGUGUAAAUCAGCCGUUGCGACUGGAAAACGCGAGAUAGAGGAUACUGCGUCGGAGGCAUUGCAGAAAAUAAGAGACGUUUCCACUCUGUCAUAUGCAGAACAAAAGAAAGAUAUGCAGCAACAGCUGGCCAAAUGUUACCGGAAGCAACUCAACAGUGCGCCCAUAUCGUCCCUGCUGUCGGACGUGGACGAGAGAUUGGACAAGUUUUACGUCCCUCCGAAGAUCGUCAAGAAAAACCACAGAAAAGUUGGUGCGACUGAGAAAGAAAAGGGAACCCCUGUGGCAUCUUACAGACAAUUGUUCGGUAAAACUGGUGAAUUUAGGAAAAACGUAUUCAUUGUAGGUGAGGCCGGGAUGGGAAAGACAUCCUGCGCCGCAAUGUGUGCACUGAAAUGGGCCAAUCAGUUUUCAUCAACGAAUACGACUAACGAACAUGGCAAAAAUGUAUCAAAUCCAACCUUAUCUAAGUCUCUAGAGAAAAUAUUGAGAUAUUGUAGCAAAGAUAUUAAAGAUAUAUUCAUUCCGAAAACAGAGCUGGAUGAUCAAUUUAAGGAUGAUACUUUCUAUAAGGAAGUUGAGUUUUUAUUUUACCUCACUCUCAGAGAUAGCUGCGACGUCUGCGACCUGACAGACAUGAUACGAGAUCAGCUUAUCAACAGAAUUUACCAACAAGAUAAGCGGACCGCUGCACUCUCCACAAUGCAUAGCGUCCUGUCCAACAACAAAUGUGUGAUCAUAAUAGACGGCCUGGAUGAAUGGACUCAUCCCAAUGAUACAAACUGCAGCUGUUCAGAAGAAGACAAAGUAAUCCCUUACUUAGCGCCAACCAUAGAUGCAACUGUGUUGAUUACAUCACGACCUUGGAGAAUGUCACAACAACGUGUUAAAGACACGAAAAUAGACACGUACCUUGAGAUAGAGGGAACUGCAUGUAUUGGGUUACUGCUUCAGAAAGUGAUGGACAGUCUCAAUGAAACAGUAACAGAAAAGAAAAAAUUGCCUGAUUUCGUCGAGUUUGUUAUUAGAAUGAAUCUUGCACGCCUUUUAUCGGUGCCUAUACUUUCAAUGUUGCUGGUCUGUCUGUGGUUUGAGGGAAUGUAUGAAUCUUUAUCUGUGUGUGACAUAUACGCAUUUACCGUUGAAAUGAUGUUUGGGCGGAAAACUCUUCCUGUGCCUAAUGUUUCGCAGGUAGAAAUUCCUUUCCCACGAUGUUUCCAGCACACAAAAAAAGUUCAAAUGUACUACAGCAUCGUUAUGGAGAUGGCACAACUUGCUUUUACGACAUUGUUCUCGAUUGACCAAACAUCGGCUUUGGUGUUUAAAAAAGUUGACAUUUUGUCGCACGAAAAUCUCCUGUUUGUUCUGAAGUCGGGAAUCUUGCAAGAAACAAAAGCAAGGUCUUUGCUACGAAAGUCAUCUAAUUAUUCAUUCAUCCAUAAAUCUGUUCAGGAGUUUCUUGCUGCAAUAUACAUGUCCUACCACCCCGAAGAAUUUCAUAGAGUUUUUCUACCUUUUUAUCAGAAGAACGGCGCCUUGUCGGAUAUUUCACAGGUGUUUAUUUUUAUGUGCGGUCUGAACAUUAAGUUAGCAAAUGAGAUGUCUGCAUUGAUAUCGAAAAGACAUAACCGCAUAAGGUCCCUGUUCAAUGACAAUCAGGAUGUGAUUGUUUCGGGUUAUAAGGAGGCCAAAGCCAGUCAAGUAUUGAAUAUUCAGCUGUCACUGUACUACUUUGAUUAUACAUUUUCUUCCGAUACUGAAUUAUUAAAUGACUUGCUAGCGAUGAACAAGUCCAAAGUACGCAGUAUUAAGGCAAGUUCCGAAACAAGCCAGGCGUCAUUACAGGAGGUUUUCAGUAGCUCCACGAACACUCUUUACAAUGUUCAAUUAUUUUAUGUUGCUGGGCAGUAUGACCUAUCUGCGUGCAAAUGUCUCAAUGACGUAUCAAUAUAUGGAUCUAAACUAACAGAUAUCGUUAUCAAUACUAAGAAUCUGUUUUCAUUAUAUUUAGAAAAUGUUUCGAAAAGAGUUGAAUACAGUAUUUGGCAGUCACUUAAGCGUGGGUCGGACAAUUUAAUAUACUUGAAUAUAAAUUGCAUAACAAACAACAGUUUAUUCUGUCAAAUUCUUCCACAGCUUAUUCAUUUAAAAUGCUUGACAAUGGAUAGUAUAGACCUCGGUGAUCAAACACUACUCCCCCCAGCCUCUGCCAUCAGUGUAGAUCUAAAAUGGGUGACGAUGACAGCGCGGGCGUUAAUUGGGAUGGUGGAGAGGCUGGAAAAAAACACUAAUAAAAGUGUCGAGUGUAAACUAUUUUUGUGUGCUGUGGAUACCAACAUAGCGAAUGAAGAGAUUAAGCAUUAUAUUCCGAGAAUUCAAAUCCUUGAUAAAAAAUUCACAAUUAGAUUUCGGGCAGACAUGGUCAUCUGUGUAUAUCUGGAACGUGUGAGAAUGACAGCGCGGUCAUUAAAGGGGCUCGUGGAGAAGCUUGAAAACAGCACUCACAGGGUGAAGUGUGAACUACGAGGGUGUACUGUGGACCCCAUCACAGAGUAUGAAGAGAUUAAGCGCUUUAUCCAGACGAGCGAAAGGUUUGAUUCUGAAAUCCUUAACGAUCCUAUUUCCAAGAUUGAUGUUAUCUCUUUUACAAAAGAAAAGUGAGAUAUAAGUGUAAAUGUUUAUAGUGUGUAUUAUAAUGGACAUACUUCAUACAACGAUAGCAACAAUUUGUAGUAAAUAUACCAUGGACAAAACUUUCCUUUUUUAAAUUACUGGAUAAAAGUCGGACCAUAUAGAGUAUCUAUUUUAUUCUUUCAAAGACAUAUUACGAAACAACAACAACCGUUCAAUUCUUGUGGUUUUGUGAAUUAUACUUUACAAUUUUAAUACUACAACCUUUUGCGAUGAUUCUUAAUAUUAAAUAUACAAUGUAAACCAACAAUAGCAAAUGGAAACUGUUGUUGUCAAUUAGAAACACAAUAUUAGAGUUUAUAGUAGUUCAAUGAAAUAAUUGGUAAACACUGUGUUAUUGUAUUUGAUACGAUUGUGUCAAAAAUGAAAAUAAAUAUA